GUCAUCCCAAACAUAACACAGUUAGAAUUCCCCUACGUGUAGAUCCGUGGGUGUAGUAGGGGAAGUGACUUGUGUAUAUAAAGCACAACUAAUUGUAAGAGGAACACCAAGCCAACAUGAAGCAGCCACAUGUUAUAGCUCUGCUGCUUUGCCUCCUGUCUUCGGAUGACUCCCUUGCAAAAUCUCCUGAGAUAAUUGGUCCAGUCCGCACCCGAACAAGAGCUCGUCUAGGGAGGACGUUGGUUCUCACCUGCAUGGCGAACCCCCAUGGUGAUAGCGACCUGACCGUGAUCUACUGGCUGGUCAACGGCUCCUUCCCCGAGGCUCUGAGCACCUCCAGGAUAUCAGAGAUGGACGAACCCACCUCUUCAAAUGGUACAGUCCAGCGGAAUCUGAAGCUGAAAAAUGUGACGACUGAGGACUUGUGCUCUACUUAUGUUUGUGUGGUGAUGAAUCCUGAAGGGAUCGCCAAAAAGCAUGUCACUUUACGAACACACAGAAAAAAAAUGAGGAUUAAGAACCACUUGUGAUGUACCAUUCAGUAAGCAAUCUGGAUAAAAACUUUACAUGUAACCUUGUGAACAUUAUGUUUAUUUGUUACUGUGUUAAGCUAAUUUGUAGUGGUUCAGUUGAAAACAGGUUAGACUUGUUUCGUAUAAUAUCUUUAGGAAUGCGUUUGAUUGAACAACUUGAUCUGUUUUCUUUUCCUCAAAGGGUAUCCCAAAACGAAAUAUUAAGUUGGGCUCUUUCUGUUCAUCAAACCAAAAUAUGUAUAAAAUGUGACAUAUGACAUGUGGUGCAUAUAGCCAUAUUAUAAUAAAAAAGUUCAUCAAAACAGUA